AGCAAAAAAAAAAAAGAAUCAUCGUUGUACAUAUUUCAUUAAAACAAAACAAAAGAAUUUAAUUGAUUAAUAAUAUACAAUUCGGACAAAAAUGCAUAAUUACGUUACAUCUCCGGAACAAAACGCGCAACAACAUGGAUCAUCGAAUCAAGCUAGUAUUAAUAAUAUACUACAAAGACCUAGUACUACUACUAGAACGAUGCCACAUGAAUUUACGUUGGAUCAAGGAAAUCAAUCAGCAAAGAGACGAAAGAGUGGUGGUAGUACUUAUGUGAAUCCUCCUUCUCAUCAAUCCGAUCAAGCUUAUAUGCAACAAGGACCGUAUCAUUUCAUUCAACCUUCAUCAUCACUUUAUUUUAGUCCAAUAACAAGUAUAAAUCCACCAAUAACGGUGCGAAAUAAUAGUAGUAUUUUACGACCUCAACCAUUAACAUUUGCCGAUGCUUUAAGUCAGAGAUCACAAUCCCAUACAAUUUCAAAUAAUAACAUUUUUAAUAAUUCUGAUAAGCCACAGGCGUUGCAAUCCUCCAAUCAGGUUAUUUCAAAUCAAAAUAAUCAUCAUGUUCCCGUUUCAAGUCAAAUUAUACCACAACAAAUAGGCUUUCAAAACCAGAUACAAAUUAGUAAUAAUAAUACUCAACAACAAAUAUCACAACAACAAAUGUUACAACAACAGCACGGAAACAAUCAAGGUCAAAUGCAACAAAUUUCUUUAGAAAUAUUGAGGCCUUCAACAUCCGGUCAGAUUACUUUGUAUCCAAUACCACAGAUUCAGCAACCUCUUCAUACAUCAAUAAUGGAUAAUCCAAUGUACAAUAGUGAUAACAUAUCUACGCCUAAUAUUUCAUCAACACAAGAUUCAAUACAACAUAUCUAUCAACGAUUAGAGAGUUUAAAGGUAGAUUUAGACAAUAAAGAUUAUUUUCAAUCUAAUUGUGAUGAACUUUAUAAUUAUUUGCAAGAUGGAAAUGUAUAUAAUUCAUAUCAAGAACUGUUGGUUCAGUGUUUAAGGUGUGUAAAAAAUAGAGCCUCGUAUGGUUUUGAGGCAGCAUCAAAAGUUUUUCAGAGUGCUAUGAUUAAUAUCGGCAGAUUUAAUCUAAACAAUCAAAGUCAUAUUAAAAGAUGGAACAAUGAGGUCAAACCUGGUAGCUCUCAACGUUCUAGCACAAGGAAUCUUUUAAGACAACAACAACAACAACAGCAACAGCAACAGCAAAUAGUGUUACUACAACAACAACAACAGCAAAUAAGCGUUCCUGUAAGCCAACCAAGAAUUGAACAACGACCCUCUACAGAUAUUGAAAAAGCGAAUGCAAAUUGGAUUUCCAGAAUAAUCGAUCGAGCUUGGGGUCAUGUUAUGCUUCCUUAUGAAUCGCAAAUGAUCAAUCAACAUCAAUCUCAACAAGAAUUUAUAAAUUCCUUUUAUGUCCCUCACGAAAAGUUCGAAAGGAUAUGGAGACCAGAAACUCCUUUCCCGCCAGUUCACGUACAUCCAAAUAAAUUACCAAUUAGUUACAGGUUAAUAUCACGUAAACCCAGUAAUCUUGAUGAAGAUAACAAGUGCGAUUGGCCUCCAGAGGAAGCAACUUUUAAAAUACAUAUCAAUGAUUCGGAAAUUAAAUUGAGCAGAGAACAUAUACUGUCGAUAGAAAUUUUGGCGAAAGAAACGGAAGAAAUAGUGUUGCGUAAUGCACGUAGUCAAACACUUACCAUAGAACAUGGAACGGAAAUUGUUAAACGAUUAAUUUCUGGUCCAAGUUCCUCAAAUCAACAAAAUCAACCAACGAGUCCAGCUUCAUCGAUUGGAACAGGUCAGAACAAUGUUGCUAUGUUAAUUGAUGAUGAUUGUGACAUAACGGUUAAUAAAAUGAAAGUUAGUUUACGUUGUCCAUUAAGUUUAUUAAGAAUUUCCGAACCUGCGAAAGGACAAAAUUGUCGUCACAUAGGUUGCUUUGAUUUGCAAACUUACGUUGACGUGAAUAAGAAAAAUUGCAAAUGGAGAUGUCCCGAGUGCAAUGAUAGAGUAACGUCGGAGACAUUACGAAUUGAUGAAUAUUUCAAAAGUUUAUUAAGACAGAUACCAGGAAAUGUUAAUACUGUUGAGAUGGAUUCUAGUGGAAAAUGGACAGUUGUAGGACAAGAUGAAGGUGACGGCGGAGAUACAACUGACGAUGAUGAUGUUAUGCAAAUUGAUGCGAAUUCCAAGAGAUCAUCACUUCCUUCAACAUCGUCAAAGUCAGAUAAAGCUUCUGCUGCUAUAAUAAUAUUAGACGAUGAUGAUGAACCGGAACCUCAGACAUCUAACAAUAAUCAACAAGUUCCUUUAUUGCAGAGCAAUGUACAACCAUUAACAACAUUACAAUCGUUUGUUCAACCGCAAAGACCAAAAGCUAUGAGACAAUCAUCAACACCAGGUGUGCCGUAUAUGCAACAUAGACCAAAUAUUCAAACGAAUGAUCAAUUACAAUCAUCUAUACUUAUACAAUCGCCUCCUCCUUCUGCAAAUAUGAUAUCGACUACUACUAUUAUGCAGUCUCCACCUGAUACCACUAUGUAUAUGGAUCCGACGCGGACCAAUAACAACAACAUUAGAAAGAGAAAGCCUAGAAAGUCUCGACGUAAAGAGUUGGAGGUGAUUCCACAAGAAAAAGGUAAUUCCACUACAAAGGAUGAUAAUAAUAAUGAUAAUGAUAAUGACAAAUCUAGUAGCGGUAGGUCAAAUAAUAAUUGGUCAUAUGUGAUGGGUAUAACACCAUCUCAACAAAAUUAUAAUCCAUUAUCACAAGACAUUGUUUCACAACCAGCUACGCAAGUGGCUAGUCCAAUAUCUCCCGUCAGUGUAACCAAUCCUAAUUAUUCCCAUCCUAUACAGGACGAAGAAGAAGAAGGAGAAUGGUUAACUGAAGAUGAACAAGAGGAGGUAGUUUUGGACUCGUCGAGCGCUGCUAGAAAUUCAAUACAUAUAAAUAAUAGAAUUGGGUGAGAGAAGAUUUAAACUAAAUAGAAAAAAAAAAGGAUUUUAAUUGCUUAAAAGUAAUAUUUGUUUUGUUUUCGGUAUGGGAUAAUUGUAAACCGCUAAGACUUUUUGUGUAUAUUAUUUUUAGAAAAUUCUUAGUUUAAAUAG